CCUCCCCUCUCUCUCUCUCCCUCCCUCGCUCCUCCUCUCCACUGUGCGUAGCUGCAGUGUUGGAGGCAGUGAAGCAGCAGUGUUCUACGGGGAGAUUCUGCCCUGCGACGCCUGUCAUGCUCUGAGCCAUGGUGCACCAGGAGAAACAUGCUUACCAGGCCCAGAGGAACGACAGAGAGUCCAUCAGGCAGAAACUGGCCCUCGGUGGUUUCUAUGACGACGAGCCAGUCAUCUACACCAGCUGCAGCAAGAACAGCCUGUCCUCACGUCUGCAGUCUGGGGUAAACCUGCAGGUGUGUUAUGUGAACGACAGCAGCAGUGACAAGGACAGUGAUGCUGAGGAGACCAGCCUGGACACACCCCUCUCACCCCUGAGCAAGCAGAGCUCCUCGUUGUCGGACCGGGACACAGGGGAGGACGAGGAGGAGCUGGAGGAGGGCGGAGGAUUCUGGAAGGUGCAGCGACGGCUGCAGCAGGAGGCCCAGCUGGCCCUGGCGCUGGCCAGACCAAUGGCCCGCAUGCAGGUGGAGGUGGAGAGACAGAUCCUGCUGCAGAGACGCUCGCCUAUCCACCACCUGCUGCCUGAGAGCAUGCAGAGGAGGAGACUACGUCACGUGGACAUGAGAGACAUGAGUCUAGGACAUCUGCAGGUCAUCACUAACGACAUGCACUCACAGAUACAGAGUCUGAAUGAGGAGCUGGUGAAGCUGCUGCUGGUGAGAGAUGAGUUACACAUGGAGCAGGAUGCCAUGCUGGUGAAUAUAGAAGAUCUGACCAGGCACGCCCAUCACAGUCAACACAGACUCCUGUCUGAGAACACCCCGUCCAAAUAAGACUCCCUCUUCUUCCCUCUCCCUCCCCUCCCUCCGCAUCCCUCACCCUCCUCUCCCCUCUCCCUCCUCACCCCUCUCCCUCCUCACCCUCCUCUCCCCUCUCCCUCCUCACCCCUCUCCCUCCUCACCCCUCACCCUCCUCUCCCCUCUCCCUCCUCACCCCUCUCCCUCCUCACCCUUCUCCCUCCUCACCCCUCACCCUUCUCUCCCCUCUCCCUCCUCACCCAUCACCCUCCUCACCCCUCUCCCUCCUCACCCUCUCCCUCCUCACCCCUCUCCCUCCUCACCCCUCUCCCUCCCCUCCCUCCUCAUCCCUCACCCUCCUCACCCCUCUCCCUCCUCACCCCUCUCCCUCCCCUCCCUCCUCACCCCUCACCCUCCUCACCCCUCUCCCUCCUCACCCCUCACCCUCCUCUCCCCUCUCCCUCCUCACCCCUCACCCUCCUCACCCUUCUCCCUCCUCACCCUCUCCCUCCUCAUCCCUCACCCUCCUCACCCUCUCCCUCCUCAUCCUCCUCACCCUUCUCCCUCCUCACCCUCUCCCUCCUCACCCUUCUCCCUCCUCACCCCUCACCCUCCUCUCCCCUCUCCCUCCUCACCCCUCACCCUCCUCACCCCUCUCCCUCCUCACCCUCUCCCUCCUCAUCCCUCACCCUCCUCACCCCUCUCCCUCCUCACCCUCCUCACCCCUCUCCCUCCUCACCCCUCUCCCUCCCCUCCCUCCUCACGCCUCACCCUCCUCAAAUUCAUUAUUUAACUAAUGUAACUUCUGCAUCGUCUCAGUUCACUACUUUGUUACUUUAAGGACAGUUAUAUGUAUACUGAGAAUAUAAAAAGGUUUUGUGUACAGAGAAAGAAAAUGAUUAAUAAAUGUCCUACGUGUCUAAA